CGGGGGCGUGGCUUUAACUGCUGCGUCAUCCGACAUGGUGGAAACCGCUGCAGUUUACCGAAAACGGAGACGCGGGUAGAACAAAGUGCUGUCUAUUUGUUAGCACAUCAUGCCUGAUGAGAUGUCAAGGCGUUUAAUUCUAGAAAGAGGCGGCGGGGGAGCCAGACACUUCGAAGAUGAUGUGUCCGAUCCCAGCACCCCGGUAAUCGGCAUCCUGGGCACUGGAGACUUCUCCCGCUCACUGGCCAGGAGGCUGGUGGCCUCUGGCUACCAAGUAGUGGUGGGAAGUCGGACACCCACACGCUUUGUAGCUCUGUUCCCGGAGGAGACCGAGGUGACCACCCAGUUGGAAGCAGCCAACAAGGCAGACUUGAUCUUUGUCGCAGUUUACCCUGAACAUCACUCCACGCUGAUGGACUUGAAACAGGCGUUGGCUGGAAAGACCUUGGUGGAUGUUAGCAACGGUCUAAGCGUCAACCAUAAGGGUCCAUCCAAUGCCGAACUCCUGGCAGACUAUUUCCCUGGAAGCUUUGUGGUUAAGGGGUUCAACACCGUAUCCGCCUGGACCCUGCAGAUGGGCGCCCGAGAUGGAGGCAGGCAGGUUUUCCUGUGCAGCAACAGCCAAACGGCCAAGAAUUUAGUGAAGUCAAUCUGCCAUAGGAUGGGCUUCAUCCCCGUCGACAUGGGCCUCCUUUCUUCUUCUCUGGAGAUCGAAAAUCUGCCUCUCUAUUUAUUCCCGUCCUGGCGCCUCCCUGUCCUCUGCAUGUUGCUCCUCUUCGUUUUCUUCUACCUGUACAACUUUGUCCGGGAUGUGUUGCAUCCUUUCAUCACGAAGCACAAAGGUGCCUUCUACAAAAUGCCCAUCGAAGUGGUGAAUGUCACCCUUCCGUCCGUGGCCUUGGUGAUGUUAGCGUUGGUCUACCUGCCUGGUUUGUUGGCCGCCGUCCUCCAGCUGUGUUCGGGGACCAAGUACAACCGCUUCCCCAACUGGUUGGACCGCUGGUUGACCAGCAGGAAGCAGCUGGGACUCUGUAGCUUCCUGUGUGCCGUCCUGCACGCCGUUUACAGCCUGUGUCUUCCUCUGAGAAAGUCCGCUCGCUUUACACUGAUCAACAUGGCCUACAAGCAGGUGGAGAUGGGCAAGGAGGACUCUUGGGUGGAUGAGGACGUGUGGAGGAUGGAGUUGUACCUUUCCGUGGGCAUCAUGGCCCUUGGGUUGCUCUCCCUGCUGGCGGUCACCUCUCUACCUUCAGUUGCCGGCACCAUCAACUGGAGGGAGUUCAGUUUCAUCCAGUCUACGCUUGGUUACUGUGCCUUGUUCAUGGCCACCGCCCACACGCUCCUCUACGGGUGGAAUCACGCCUUUGUUCUUGCACAGUACCACUUCUACAUGCCCCCCACAUUCAUCCUGGUCCUGGUUCUGCCCUCCGUGGUCCUGCUGGGCCGCUUGGCGCUCUGCCUGCCCUGCAUAGCAGGGCGGCUCAGGAAGAUCCGCCGCGGCUGGGAGAGGAACCGACAUAUCCGCUUCAUGCUGCCGGCUGAAGACUGCCGCAACGAGGUGGAGGAUGUCAGUAACGUGUGAGAAACGCUGUAGCUCUUAGAAACAAGGUGGAUCAUCUCCGCAGAGAAGAUAAAAUAUUUAUACUAUGCUGGAAUUUGUCAGAAAACUCAAGUUCUUCUCAACAAGAGCCUGAGGGAAUCCAGCCAGGGAUACCUUAAGCACUUAAUGCUGUCAGAGAUGACUGCUGUUUCUUUAAUUUAUUGUUUGCUCUGUUUCUAGUGUCAAUCACGGUGAAGAACGAUAUUCGCUCUUCAGAAAACGUUGCAACAUUUUUACACAGCAGACUAAGCUGUUGCUGUCAAGAAACCAAAAUAAGUUUCUACUUAAACUUUUCAUGUGACUAUUUGUAUUAUUAAAGUAAAGAUUUAGAUUUUUUGCUCAAUUCAUUUCCCUGUGAUAUUUGUUAUUUAUAGGUUUCUUUUUUUUACUAAUUAUUGUGCAAAUAUGGCAAAUAUUAAGCAGCAAUGCAUGUUUUCUUUUUCUCCUAAUGCUGCCUUCAAAACACAUCCAAAAUAACUUUGAUAAACAAACAAAAAAAAAAAAAGUAAACAGAAUAAAUCUGCUCUAAAUGUCUCAUCAGUUUCAGACUGUGAAGUGAUUCUGCUGGAUUUUAUUUAGGGAUAUCCAGAUAAAAGGGGAUUGAAUACAAAAUCGAGCCACACAUUUCAGAUUUGUAUUUGAACAAUAAAACUUGUAGUUCAGGUGUGAACCUCAAGUUAAAACUGGAACUAUAGAGUGACAGUUAUGUAGUUCAGUUGACAAACAUUACUAAACUGAAGCAUCUAGGUUGAUGUCUAAUGUUACUUCUUUGUUGAUUUCUGACAUAAAAUGAUUUCUGUAUACUGCCAUUUAACUUGAAUGUUGUUGCCAAUAAAAGAAUGUAAACUUUGACCUUUGCUGGAAGGUGCUAUACAAAUAAAAUUUGAUUUGAUUUGA